GUGAUGGGGUAAAGCUUGGAUGGGCAUUGGAAUCAUGGGGCAACAUAUUGAGCUGACAGUUGAAAGAGACGGGGUAGAAUGGCAGUGUGCCGCGAUGGGGUAUAGAAUAGGACUGUUUCAUUGAGGCUUGAGUCGAAUACAAGAUGUCAAGGGACGGCUCAAGAACGAUUUCCACUUUAGGCUACCCGAACAGAGAGGCUGUGCGAAUUAAAGUCAAGAAAUAUGAGGAUGACCAGGAGCCGGAGUACCGCAAGUUCAGCGUCGACCCGCAGAUCACCACAUACAGCAUUCUCAGAUGCCUCCUCUCCAGAGCAUUCGAACUGAAAGGGGAAUUCGCCAUAACCUACAUGGCUAUUGAUGACUUUGGAGAAGAAACAUUCCUGGCUUUGCUGUCGGACUGGGACCUUGAUGCGGCCUUUCUCAGCGCCUCCGACCCGUACCUGAACCUGCGGCUGGAGGUGCGUCCGUUCGACGUGAGCGGCGGCUGGGAGCCGGAGGCCGGCCUCGACCUGACCCAGCUGCGCAAGCCUUCGGCCGAGCUGCGCCCCCUGCCGGCGCCCGGCCGGCUGCUCGGACUCGGCAACGUGCUCAACCAGGUGCAGAACACGUUCAGUUUGAUGUCUCGCGCGCUCAACAUGGGCGACGAGAGGGCGAGCGCGCCGGCCGCCGCGCCGCCGCUCACCGACACAGAGUUCCACAACUACCUGGAUACGGUCGGCCGGCUGGUGCAGCCCAAGGAGCUCCGCGUCGCCAUCUACCGGGGCGGCGUGGUACCCACGCUGCGGAAGGUGGUGUGGAAGCACCUGCUGAACAUCUACCCGGAGGGCAUGACGGCCCGGGAGAGGAUCGAGUACGUGAAGCAGAAGUCCACCGAAUACAGGGAGCUGCGCGACUGCUGGAUGAAGAUGGUGCAGGAGGGCAAGAUCACGGAGGAGAUCCAGCAGAGCACCAACAUGGUGAAGAAGGACGUGCUGCGCACAGACCGCCACCUUCCCUUCUUUGCCGGUGGGGAUGACAACAUCAACGUCGUCGCGCUCUUCAACAUCCUGACCACGUACGCGCUCAACCACCCGUCCGUUGGCUACUGCCAGGGCAUGAGCGACCUGGUGUCGCCAGUGCUGUACGUGCUGCAGAACGAGGCGCAGGCGUACGUCGGCUUCUGCGGCCUCAUGCGCCGGCUCAAGCCCAACUUCGACAUGGAUGGGCUGGCGAUGACGGUGCGUUUUCAGCAUCUGACGGAGGCGCUGCAGUUCUACGACCCCGAGUUCUUCGAGUACUUGAAGGACAGGCAGGCCGACGACUUGCUCUUCUGCUACCGCUGGCUGCUGCUGGAGCUGAAGCGGGAGUUCGCCUUCGACCAUGCCUUACGGAUGCUGGAGGUGUUGUGGUCCUCGCUGCCACCGGACUGUCCGGCCGAGGGUCUGCAGCUGUUCGAGCGGCGGUACACGGGGACGCCGCCGCCGGACAAGGUGUGCGCCAUUCGCCGGCAAAGCUCGGGCACCGUCAGCCUCGGCAACAGUCCGCUGCUCAAGAAGGAGUUCUCUUCCAGCGAGGCCGCCGUCACCGGUAUGGCCGCCUCCAACGAGGAGGAACGACAGGCGCGCAAGGAGCGGCUGCUGCGCGAGCGGCGCCUGCAGUCGGACCCGGAGCUGGUGAGCCCGCCCGGGGGCCGGCUGAUCCGCGACCUGGCCGAGUUCCGGCGACUGACGCGCCAGCCGGCCGCCACGCCCGCCACGCCCGCCACGCCGUCGGACGAGUCUGACUUCGGCUCAAUCGAGUGCCCGGCGGCGACCGAGAUGCGGCGCGAGCGCGAGCGGCUCGAACGCUCCACCAGCUGCUUCAUCGAGCACGCCGCCGCCGACGCCGUCGACAUUUUCGAGAACCCGAUCCUGGAGGAGGACGCUGAGGUGGGCACGGCGCCGGCGGCGGGCGAAGCGCCUGACGAGGCCGCCCUCUCGUCGGUGGGCUACUCAACGGAGCCGGCGCCGCGCGCCCUCCUGCCGCCGCCGCAGGAGUUAGGCGGCGGCAACCCCUUCCUCAUCUUCCUCUGCCUGAGCCUUCUGCAGCAGCACCGCGACAUCAUCCUGAGCCGCCGCCUCGACUACCAGGAGGUGGCCAUGCUGUUCGACAAGAUGGUGCGCAAGCACGACGUGACGCGCACGCUCGAUCAGGCGCGCAAGAUGUUCACCGACUACCUGAAGCGGGACUGGGGCGUGACCAUGGGCGACGAGGUGGCCGGCGGGGCGGAUGUGGGCGUGUGAUGCUCAGCCGGCGGCUCUGGGAGACGACUCGCCGGCCGGCUCGUGGCUGGUCGGCGCGGGCGGCGCGCCAGCCGCAGGAAUGUGAUAUCGAUGGUCGAGUGGGUGGGGUGGGCUGAGUCCGAGCUCGUCCGCGUGGGUCCCCGGCUGGGCGGCGGCGGGGGACCUGCGGGGGACCUGUCUGCGCCACUUCGGGGCGCAGGGGCGGAGAAAACCGGCGGGGGCGCGUUCUGGCGACGGUGCUUUCCGGCACAACGAUUGCGCUGUUUUGCUCGAGUCUCGCAAUCUCGUAAGCCCGUAGCUGAGUAGCCGUUCCUUGCCGCUCCGGGGAGCGUUGGGGAACGGCUUCUUAGCUCCGCGAGGGCAUUCCGAAGUCGACAUUCGUCUAUUCCUGCUGCCUGGUGACGGCGGGGACGGCCCGUCGCAAGCUGGGUGGAAUGCGGCCCGGGCUGUGGAGUCGGCAGCGGGCGUCGAGGUCCUGCUCGAGCUCGCGAGACGACGGCGAGCGAUCAGCCACCAGUCCCCGCGCUUAAACAAGCGGCAGACUUGACCGCGGGCGGCCAGUUCUUCAGCAUUCCAGCGGACCACUGAGCGUCUUGACCAACGAUAUGCAGGGUCCAGUCCCGCAUCAGGUGGCGGUGAUUAGCAGGGUUCACGCAGCUUCGUCUAUGGUGCCCGGCCAUGUCAGCACACGGGCACUGAGCUGUCCGACCACGCCUCCGUGGUGUCUGAGUAUGUAUUUCCAUUGCGGGUACGCUCAUUCUUAGCUUGUUUGAAAUCAUGGUGUGGCGCAAGUCCGCAAAAGCCUGUUGCGGAGAGUUUGACGCGGCGUUUGCUUCCGUCGCGGUAUGUCGUCCGUUGAUAUUAAGCGUUUGUCUCCUAUGUUCGUUUAUUGUGGAGUUCAUUUGUCAUACGCUUAAUCGAGUGAAGAGACAAUACGAUGGUCAUUAUUCUCACUUCGAUUUCGUCUCCAAAAUCCUUAUAGCUUUAAAGGCGGGGAACACAACAUGGGACGGUCUUGGUGCGGCCAAUCGCAAAGAUGCCGAUCCGAUAUAAUUCAAGCUAAAAUUAGUUUUUAAAUUUGCAUGCCGUUCUUCAUACAAACCUGUUCUUUACGCCGGCCCGUAACGAUUUGUGAUAGCUACUUGAAUCAUUCCGUUGCCUGCAUGUGGCAAGACCUCGCCAUACAUACCCUGUGCGGCUGCUGUCAACGUGCUUUAUCAUCGCCCUGGUCGCUGGGCCCAGGGCGCCGCAAACCUUUGGUGAUACGAUGCAAGUCGAAAACGAUAAAUUGCGCGGAGGACGAGCACAUUGCCCAGCGCAUGAAAGCUAGAUUUGUCCUCGUCCAUGUCGUCGAAAUCCAGUGCGCCGGACUCAUCGCGCAGUUUGAGUUCCUGCAUUCAGAAGACAGGCGAGGUCCGCAGAAGCCGUGCUGGGAAAGAACCCACGACUCGGUCCAAACGCCCGUCGGUUUUGGUCGUCCGCGUUUACUGGACUCGACCAGAUGCGUACUAUGUACGACGCGUGUUGCGUGUCCAAGUCUCAUCUAGGUUCAGCGGGGGAUCUGCUCCCCAGGCGUCGCCUGGUGAGCCGCGUGGCACCCGCGCCUUGCCUCGCAAAGUGCAAUGCAUUCCGCGCCGCAGAGUGCGAGGGUAGCUCGCGAGCGGCUGGCGGCGUUAUUCAGGCGGCCGGGACGGUGGUCGCGUUAGCUAGCUUCGCAGGCGUCCCGUGUCGUUUCGAGGUGUGCCGUUAAUGUGUGUGGUUGGUGGUCCGUUCCGUUUUGCCGGGCUGGGGCUGGCGUGGGUGGUGGCGUCGCCCUCGGAGCUAUUUAUUCGUAUUUAUUGACUGAAAUACAUGGUGUGUCUUUCA